UUGUGUGAAUAUUGGUGGAAAAUAUUAUUGUAGCAAAUAAUUUAAUUUGUUAGAGGAUGACAAACAGGGGCUAAAGGUUGAGUAGCUUCAAUCUUUGUCAGUUUUUACAUCAAGUAGGUUAUCUAUAAGUCGAUCAAAUGCCAAGAUCAAGAGGAACAGUCGAACAGAAAUGCCUCAAAGGCAAUCUCCUCGAGCAACACUUAAUCUGAGGACAUCUAGCUCUGACUCUGACCCACCACAUCAUCGUUCAGUUGAUAGGAGCACAAGACUAUUAGAUGUUCGAUCCCCAUGAGGUGCUCAUUCUGAUCCGAUGAACCAAAAGAAACUUGGAACUCGCAUUGCUGAUUUUGAAUUUCAGCUUGGCCAAGCACAGGACGAGCUUAAAAACCAGAAAGACCAAUUAGCUUCAACUGAGGCUGCAAAGAAAGCUGCUCAAGAUAAACUUGAGAAUAAAUCAAAGAAACAGCAAAUGGUCACUGAGCCAGUGGAAAUCCAAGAAAAAACCUCCACCCCGGUUCAAGAACAACUCGAAAAGAAAUCAAAGAAACAGCAAAUGGUUCUCGAGCCAGUUGAAAUCCAAGAAAAACCCUCCAUGCCAACUGAAAAUAUAGCAUCAAACAAAAGGCACGGUGCUGUUGCUGUUGUAGUGACCGAGGAAAACAAGCAGGAAACUGAUGUCUUUGAAGUUCUGGUUAAGCAAGCAAUUGUUGAAUCCAAGUCUGAACUGAGCCUACCUGCUGAUCUAGAUGAACUCAAACUGAAAGCUGUCAGCUUAUCAACCGUAUCAAAACCAUGACAGAGCCAGAAAAUCUGCCAUUUGAUGAAGUGGCACUGAAGAACGAUGAGAUAAAUAUGUUAAAGGCCAAACUAGAGGAGAAGGAAAAAGAACUAGAAGUUUCUCGCCUUGAAAAUGAAGGUUUAAAAAUUGAGAUAAAUGAGAAGUUGUUGGAACUUUCCUCGGUUCAAUCCAAGGAAGAGGAAAUGACUUUCAGAUUGAAUCAAACUGAACAAGAGCUUGUAAAGAGCAAAAGCAAUGUUCUCCGGUUAAAUGAGAAGCAAGAAGCUACCGAAAGAGUGAAGCAGGAAUUAGAAGCUGAAAUGAAGAAGCUUCAUAUGCACACCGAGCAAUGGAGAAAAGCAGCUGAUGCUGCAGCAUCAGUUCUAGCCAGUGGUGUCGAAAUGAAUGGCAGAAGGCUAUCUGAGAGGUGUGGAUCAAUGGACAAACACUAUGGCAAUGCGUUUGAACCUGUUGGCAGAUAUGCAGAUUCUAUGGGUUCACCAGGGCUAAUGGAUGACCCUGACGAUGUUUUUGGGAGCGGUAAGAGGAAAGGUUCUGGCAUUAGAAUGUUUGGAGACCUUUGGAAAAAGAAGGGCCAUAAAUAGAAAUCUGAAACAGGAUUUUAUUUGAUUUUUUGUCUAGGUAAAAAAAUGGUUGCUUACCAUUUUGUUUUUGUUUGUAAUUGUUGUAAUACUUCCAGUAUCUCGGCUUCAUUAGUAUUUUGAUGUUGACGACUCGAAGCCAUUCAGUUUAUGUACUUGUAAAAUGUCGAAUUUUUAGUC